AUGGGAUUGAUUGUAGUCCUGGAGCAUAGAGUACAGGCAGUUAAAGAAAGUAAAAUCAUCCAAAAGCUGGCUCCUGGAUGGGCAUGGUUGACUAAUGGUAGUAGGUCUAAUAAAAGCAGAAUCUGGAUAUUAUGGAACCAAACUAUAAUAGAUUUCUCUCUACUAAGUAUGUCUACACAAAGCAUGCAUGGUACUAUCAGAAUCCUGAAUACAUACACUCAGUUUCAGCUGACAGUUGUCUAUGGCCUGCAUACUAUACAGGAUAGAGGUGGAAUGUGGGAAGACUUGAGGAGUAUAUGUCAAUCUCAGCAGGGCCCUUGGCUAAUUAUGGGUGACUUCAAUACAAUUCUGACAGCAACAGAUAAACAAAAUGGGAGUCCUGUACAAGAGAGAGAUGUUAGAGACGUUAAAGAGAUGUUGUUUGACACUGGCUUAACUGAAAUGCAAACCAUUGGAACAGACUACACUUGGACCAAUAACACUAUCUAUAGCAAGAUAGAUAGAGUACUGGUCAAUGCAGCCUGGAUGAAUAGAUGGCCAAAUGUGUAUGCCAUGGCAAUGGAACCAUAUUUCUCAGGCCACUCACCUCUAAGGGUGUGCGUGGAAGCUAACCAGGUGAAACAUGGCAAACCUUUCAGGUUUUUCAACUGCUUAGCUGAGCACAAAGAAUUCUUGCCACUGGUUCAAGCAGCUUGGCAGCACAAUGACAAGGCCAUCAUGUAUACAGUAUGGCAGCUGCUGAAAGAGGUAAAACAUAAAUUGAAGGUACUCAACAAGAAAAAAUAUUGUAGUGUUGAUAAUACCUUAGAAGACAUUAGGCAACAACUACAUGAUUUGCAAGAAUCAAUGGGACCUAAUCUACCACAGAGUAGUAUGAUUAAGGCAGAAAAAAAGUUUAGGGGGAAACUGGAAAAAUGGGGAACAAUCAGAGAAAGUAUAUACAAGUAG